GGCUGCCAGUCACUGGAUUCCUGGGGGGGAGGUGGUCAGGUAGAGGCCGCGCUGGUACAGGAGCAUCAGUUUGCUGAGAAGAGAAGCCGGAGUCCAGGGCGGCCAGCAGAAUAGGAGACGGCGGAGGCUCGGGGCCUGGUGCGGAGUGCUGCAGGUCGGAUACAUGUCCAGAGCAAAUGGCAAUCUUGUGACUUUUCUUUUGGUUACAAUGUGUGUGCAGUCUUUCAAUAAAAGUGAGGAUUAUGUCUCCCAUUUUCACAUUGUGCCCUUCAGUUAGCUUCUUUCAGACAUGGUCUGCAAAGAAUGUUUUUUUUAUGUUGACCAGAUUCCAGUGCCUCUACAAUCCUACUUUUUAAACCCAGCACUCCUUUUUGAUGUGUAACCGUUGUCAUGGAAACUGGCAACAGUUGCCAAGAAGAAAACACUAUAAAAUCCACUUCCAUACAAGAUGAUAGCCACAAUGCAAGAGAGUGCUCCAGAGUGGAUGUGCACUCUACACCGUCUUGUACGGACCAACCAAUUCAAGGGAAACAGAAAAAAACUCCUUUCAAAUUCUUUGGAGGAAGAAAAAGCAUUGUUACUUUACCCAGCUUCUUUGGAGGAAAGCACAAGGGAUUGGGAAAAGGAAAUGCUAGAAAGUCAAUGAGCAAAAGCAAGACCCAUGAUGGCAUCAGUGAUGUACCUGGGGAAGAUGGAAAGAAGGGCUGUUCUGAUAAUUCUAUUAACAAGCAUCAUGGGCAUGACCUGUGUAAGACGGGGACUAUUCUUCCCAGCUCUCUUAGUGCAGAUUCUGGCAUUACAUCUCCGGUUAAGCUUGAUUUCAGUUUCCAUGAUGUAUCUCCUAUGGGCAGCACAGAGUGCUUUGAGAAAAAGAUGAAUGGAGAUAAAUCUUUUUCCUUCCCGAGGCCAAAGAAAGGGUUGAGGGGUUUAUUUAGCAGCAUCCGUAGACACAAGAAAAACAAAACUCCUGACCCUGACAAAUGUGAGCGUUACGAUCCUAUUACGGAGACUGUUAUUUUAGAACAAUUAAAUAAGUAUCCAUCAGAGGAUGCGGAACUGCAGUGUAGCAGUGAGCAACCAAAGAUGAAGAUCCAGGAAUCGGGAGUCUCUUCAGAGGGUUUACCGAAUCUGACAAGUGUGUGUGAAAAUGAGGAGACUCCGCAGGAUUCGGUGAGCACACCCAAUUUAACACCACAGAAAACGAAAGAAUUUGUUGUGGAAACCAAUGAGGGACUUUCUAAUGACCAAAAUCCUGUCACCGAUUCCAAACCUGACUGCCCUGCUGAUGGUUUAGUCUCUGAAGUGUGUGCUGAUAAUGCAAAUGCUGAAUUAGACAGAGAGGUAUCUUCUAACUCUGCUGCUGACCAUCUCAGUCUUAUGUUUGAGGAUGUCUCUUCUCUUAAGAGUUUUGACUCACUUACAGGAUGUGGCGAUAUUAUUGCUGAACAGGACAUUGACAAUAUUAGCGAUGCUUCCCUUUCCUUAGAAAGGAGCAGGGAGACAACCAAGAGAAGUUCAUGUCUUGUUACUUAUCAAGGAGGUGGAGAGGAGAUGGCAACAUCAGAUGACAUGGAGGAAGAGUACCUUCAGAGACUUUUGGAAGAUGGCAAUGAAGCUGAUGGGAGCUAUGAACUGGAAGAAGAAAAGGUACAUGAAGAGAUGUCCAAGGACUUUACUGAACUGCAGCCACAUGCUUAUUCAAUGGGUGCAGAAGAUGCCUUUGUUGACAGAACUGUCCUAGGCAGCGCAGAGUUGCUUACUCCCCAAAGUGACCAGCAGGAAUCUGCACCAAAUAGUGAUGAGGGUUACUAUGAUUCUACCACACCUGGUCCAGAUGAUGAUGGUGGAGAAGGCUUCUCCCAUAAAGAACGUCUUCCAAGAGACAGCUACAGUGGGGAUGCACUUUAUGAGUUUUAUGAGCCUGAUGACAGUCUUAUGAGUCCUGCACCAGGUGGAGAGUCCUUGUAUGAGAGUAAAACACUAUGCUCUGAAAUAUUUGAUCACUUUUUUGACUUCAGUCUUCCCAUAAACGGUGGGCUAAGUCAGAAUGUAGAACGCAAAAAGGGUGCAACUGAAACAGAAGAGGAGCGGUUGGCAGUAAUUCAAAAACAGCUGCUGUUCUGGGAAAUGCAAAGAGAAGCUGCACUUAAAGGAUUAGGACAUGUACACAAAGAUACUUUUUCCAAAGAAAAACAAAUUGAAUGUGAAAUCAGGAAUGUCAACUUAAUGGGCAGGGGCAAGGACUGCCCUACAAGAGAACACAUUUUGAUACAAAAUGUUGGCAAAGAUGUUGACAAAGGAAUACAGCACACAGAAGCUUGGAAAGACUAUCAGGAAACCCCUACAACAGACACUGAUUACCACAGAAGUUACUUGCAUCAUAUAGAUGGAAAUGGCCUUGUGGAGAAUUCUGGUUUUGAGUUGAAUGUUAGUAGCCUUGAAGCUCAGAACCAGAGUGACACUACAUUGGCAAAUCUUGCCAAACGUUCCAAUUCUAGUAUUACACCUAUGCAUCAUGCCCAGAAUGUAUUUGGUGCUGAAUUUUCCGGCCUAUCCAACUACAGUGCAGAAAAUGAAUGUGAGCAAGCUAUAGACUUUGCUGAUAAUGGUAUGUUGUUUUCAAGUAUUUCUGAAAGACUUGGCAGUGCUGUUUCUAAUUCAUCAUUUCAUCACAACUUAAAUGCUCUUCCCACUAUGGUCACUUUUGAUGUAGUUGAUGUUGAAAAUGAAGGUGAAUGUGAGCAGCAAGUUGACCUAAGUCCAGAUGAAGAGGUUGGAUCAUCUUUUGAGACUUUUGACCAUAGAUAUGCACAGGAGUCUUUGGCUGAAUGUGAUGAACACUUAUUGCAGAUGGACUCUCAUCAGUCUUUCCAAAACUAUAACUGGGGGGUGGCCAGCCUUCCACGUCAUCUUGAGCAAUAUAAGCUAAGUCCUUUUAGGCCAGUUCCACUUUCUGUUAACAGAAGAAGCAAAUCACUAGACACAGAAACCUUGGAGACUGAGCUUGGUGGGAUACAUAUGUCUAAAAGUGGCUUAAAAUCCUAUGAUUUGGUCACCCCUUGGGAGGAUAAAAAUAAUUCUUGGCAGGGUGAAGAUCGUUGCGCACGUGCAGACGAAGCAAGGUUUAACAGCUUGGGCCAAAUUGUUCUUACAAAUGAAGAGUUUGAAACCUGUACACCCGUUAUGUCUCCAAAGCGGAGCUAUAGCAGAGAACUGUUGGGUUCCAACUCUGGUAGCCAGCUACCACUAGAUAGCAGGGAAUUGGCAAAUGUCACUACAGAGACUGUGCAGUUUAACACUAGGCCGUUUCAAGAGGACUCCAAAUCCUGCAGAUACUCCAGAGAAAACACUACAAAAAAGCUUGCUCGUGUGCUUCCAUUGGAGGAACAGAGAUGUGUAGAUACACAGUACAGUUGUGAUUAUGAUGCCCCUCAUAAGCAAAUUAAGACCAAACCUAUUGGUGUUACACAAGCGAUGCCCCAGCAACCUAAAAAAGACUAUGAACUACAGUCGGACUUUGUGGAAAGGUCUGGACCUUCCAAGAAAGGCAUUUUGGCGCACAGGGAUAUAUCGCCUGUUGACUGGAGUAAUCAUUACAGUGAAUGUUCAAAUGGCUAAUUAUUACCCACUGCCAACAAGAUAUUUAAUAUAUAGAUUAAAGAUUCUCCAUUAGUGAAAUGAGAAUAUGAAAACGAUCCAAAAUGGCUUGUAGCCUAGCCAAUCUGCAACUGAAUGAAGGACUGUUGUACAAAUGUUUUGCAAAUGUCAGUACUGGUAAAAUCACUGUUGGAAGUCUGUCACUUGUUUAGUUGCUUCUAAAUUUGCAAUGCAAUGGAAAAAACACCAUAGUGCUUUACACUUAGAAUGUCCUUUUUUAAAGAAUGAUGCAAGUUAUGUGUACCCUGGUAUUGCCAUGUCACACAUCACUUGGGGCCGACACAUCCAACAGCCUAAAAGGUAAAUAAAAAAUGCAAAACGCUGCCCUCUCAAACGGAAUUCUGUUACUCCUUUUCCUAUGCAGUGCUACACAAUUAUAUUGUGAAAGUUUACUUCACAGACUUGGCAUAAGCCCUUGUAUACUUCAUGCUGACACUAAGUGAAAUAGAAAAUACAUGGCAACCUGUAAAGACACACUGUGAUGCAUCUGUUCUUUGUGAGCACACAAGGCCACUGUGCAUUGGCAUUCCUGUAGGCCCAUCUUUUUUUUGCACUCAUGCUUGAUUUGAGUUCAGGUUGCGUGCAUGCUUCAACUAAUAAGAUAUUUCCUUUUUAAAGCACUACAUUAUUUUUUUUUAAUUGUUGGAAUGUUUGGAAAACUUAGGCACAUGUGUCUGAAAGUUUUCAGGGGAAAAAAAUGUAUUGCUUUUUCUGACAUAACUGUUUUGGAAUUAGGCUGCCCUAUUACUAUUAUACAAAGCUACAUUCAUAGAGUUCACUUCACUCUUUUGGUGUCUGAAAUAUCAAAGGAGGUGGUCGCCAUAUUUAAUUGAUCUUAAAACUUCCCAACUAAUGUUACAGCAUCAAUUUAUUUCACUCUGCAGAAAAUAUGUGUUCAGGAAGCUAGGACUGCUAAUAGUAAUAAUAAAAAAAAAAAGUGGGGGGGUUGGGUUGAGAGAAGUGGUGAGGGGAGGAGCAAAUUGUCAACAUAAUCCGCGCAUUGUCGGUUAUUUUAGAUAGUCUCACUAUUCCCAUGCUUUUUUCGCUAUAUUUUUUACACAACUACAUGUCUUUUUUGACACUAUUUCAAAGAUGCCCCCAACACACAUACACUUGAGUUUAAAUCAUCUGUAUGCAACAUAUUAAACUGAAUGGCGUUAUAAGGUGCACGCCAUUAACUUUUUGCCAUAUGCUCAAUAGUUCUAAUGGUGUUCACCUUGUGCUGCUGGCUUUCUUGCUUAUUUAAGUUUAUUGGGUUGCUUCUAUUCGUUGAAUAGCCCCGGAUGUGAGACAAUACAGCAUAGUACAGUAAAACCCUUGGUUUGAGAGUGUUUUGCAAGACAA